AUGUCCGAUGAAGAAGAUAUCGAUCUCGCGUCUCUCUCCGACGACGAGCUUGUCGAGCAGAUGCAUGACGACCUAUAUGACGGCCUUCAGGACGAGAUCCUCGAAGCCGUGAACAUUCUCCUUGAGCGCGGUUGGGUGCCUUAUGACGUCCUGACCAAGGCACUCGUUGAAGGCAUGCGGAUCGUAGGCGUCGAUUUCCGGGACGGUAUCCUGUUCGUACCGGAAGUUCUGCUGUCGGCCAAUGCGAUGAAGGCCGGAAUGAGCAUCCUGCGCCCGUUGCUUGCUGAAACCGGUGCACCGAAAGUCGGCAAGAUGGUCAUCGGAACGGUGAAGGGCGAUAUUCAUGAUAUCGGCAAGAACCUCGUCUCCAUGAUGAUGGAAGGCGCCGGCUUCGAAGUCAUCGAUAUCGGCAUCAACAACCCGGUCGAGAAUUACCUGGCCGCGCUCGAAGAGCACCAGCCGGAAAUCCUGGGCAUGUCCGCCCUUCUGACCACCACCAUGCCUUACAUGAAAGUCGUGAUCGACGAGAUGAAGGCGAAAGGCAUCCGUGACGACUACAUCGUGCUUGUCGGCGGUGCACCGCUGAACGAGGAAUUCGGUGAAGCUGUGGGAGCGGACGGGUAUUGCCGCGAUGCAGCCGUCGCGGUGGAAAUGGCAAAAGACCUGAUCGCCCGCCGUCACAACCAACUCGCCUCCAAAGGCUGA